UUUGGUGGCAAUUUAGAAAUAGUUUAAUGUUUUAUACAAAAAUAAAUAAUUAAUUAAUUAAUACAGGAUUAGAUCAAAUUAUAACGAAAUAUUCAAAACUCAAAUAUUUAUAGACAAGUAGGCUGGGGGAUAUGUCAACGUAGAAAAAUGAACAUGAUCAAGUACGUAGUACAUACCUCUCAAUAGUACAUGUCUCUCAACAGUACAUAUCUCUCAAUAGUACAUGUGUCUCAAAGUACAUGUGUCUCAGCAGUGUAUGUGUGUAGUUAACAAAUUUUCCAAUUUGAAGAUUUCUUUUGAUAAUGAGUGCAAGAGUUGGUGACAAAUCGGAAGGUAACGAAGAGAAACAUCAUGACGUAUGCCUUGUGUGUGGUGACCGUGCCUCAGGUAGACACUAUGGUGUGAAAAGUUGUGAUGGAUGCCGAGGUUUCUUUAAGAGAAGCAUACGUCGUAACUUGGAGUAUAUUUGUAAAGAGAAUGGCACCUGUGUAGUGGACCCUGUCCGAAGAAAUCAAUGUCAGGCAUGUCGCUUUCAAAAAUGUCUGUCAGUCAACAUGAACAGAAACUGCGUGCAACACGAGAGAGCCCCGAGAAGUAACAGACUACCCAGGGAGUGUUCAAGUCCAGACAAACGAUUUUCUUACCUGGAUUUGACAACGUCAUCGAGUUUUGAUUACAACUACACAUCAAUCUACCCACACCUGAUGACUACAAGACAAGACAUGAGCAAUUCUUUACUUACACAACAAGUGAUUAGCACUAGACUUGUACCUCACGGAUCUCAAACUGAGAGAAACUUUGUACCCCACGGAUCUCAAACUGAGAGAAACUUGCUACUUCCAAUUAUACAACAAUCACUGGUGCCAACAUACUCUGCUGAUCCUACUCUUGUGUCUACAAGUAAGAGCAGUGAGAUAUAUGGAGGCCCAAACACUUGUCUUCAAGACACUCAGAGACACACUCCACCCCAGGAACUAUGUAGUAAAAGAAAGAGAGACACACCCACUGGUCAACUUGAGACAACUAGACCAUCUCAAGAUGAUUUCCCAUCCUCUACAACCUCACCAUCAUUGUCCAGUUCUAAGGUGUUUCUGACCUCUACAUCAGGCAACGUUGUAGUGCCGACACCCAUCAACCCACUUCACCCUCUACCUGUACCAUUCUCUUAUCAUGUCUUACCACCACUCAGCAGCCAGGCGCCAUUGCCACCUCCACCGUUACAUCCAAUGUUUGCUAGCCCCUAUGUGCAGUCAUUUUUCCCACUGGCACAAUGUAGUAGCUUCAAUAGAAUGACGUCCAUAUCAGAAGAAAUUUUACUAGCAUGUGUCACCUGGGCUCGUCUGUUACCCGCGUUCACUGCGUUAAACGACUCGGACAAAAAGAUUUUGCUGGAAGCUACAUGGGCUGAACUCUUUGUUUUGUUGGCAGCAGAGAGAGGCCUUCACUUUGAUACUAGCUACUUCCUAGCCCACAUGGACCUAACGUCAGAUGACCAUCCCAAACAAAAUCAACUUUUGGUCAUUUGUUACAGUCAGUUACAAGAGGUUAAAGACAUCCUUCAGAGUUUUAGACUACUUACAGUUGACAUGACGGAAUGGUCUUGCCUGCGGUCAAUUGUCUUAUUUCGUUAUUAUGCACGAGGACUGAAGUCUACAGCAGAAGUACAAAGACUUCACGAGAAGGCUCACCUAACACUGAUGUCCCAUUGUACUAGGGUCUACCCUACAGAUGUUUUGAGGACAAAUAGAUUACUACUACUGUUACCACGCCUGAGAGACAUGUCCACGGAUAUAGUUCGAGCUGCUUUCUUCAGACACGGCACUCCACAGGAUAGGGCAGUGGAGAGAAUUCUUGGCCUUCAUUAGUUGAAACUUGUGUUCAAACUAGAGUUUCACUACUUUGAUUGACAAUAAAGAUAAUCCAAUGUCUUGAAGACAAAAGAAAAGAGAAAAGAAAAGAGAAAAGAAAGAGAAAGGAAAAGAGAAAAGAAAGAGAAAGCAAGGAAAGAAAUUGAAAGAUAUUUUGUAGCAAUAAAAAAAUAAAACAUAUACUGACAUUACAGAAUUGAUCGUUUGUGCUUUACCAGUUCAAUGACUAAUAUCACAAUGUUUAUGAUCUCUGUUUACAUUCUUAUAAUUGGCAGUACCAGUAAGGGUAUGAUAGAGAUCUAAUCGACCAUAACAAGUCAAGGAUUUGUGUAGUUUGAAUCCAUAGCAUCUGUGUUUGUUUCUGCAUCAUCUCACUAAAAGCUUUCGUAGCGCACAGCACCAGAUAUAAAAGUCAAUGCACACAAAGGGUCCCAAACACAUACCAUUAGGAAAUGGUACACUAACGUGGAGAGAUAUUUUUUUUUAAAUUCCAUUUUGAGAAGAUCAUUUCGUCACUGGCAGCAUGCAAGAACAGACAGGAGGAAUCAUCUCGACUAACUUUUACUGCAUUCGUUUAUGACAAACAAUUAACUGUUUGUUUGUUUUUUUCCUACACAAU